AAUGGCAACUCCCAACCCCCUAGCAGACCAAUCGUCGGACCCCACCNCCGUCUCGUCCAAGACAUACACAAUUGCUGGCGUGCUCACGACUGUCUACGGACUCGACGAGCUUGCCUCAUCAGCAAAAGAAGUUGCAGUAUUAUGGCUUCUCCACCCUCGACUUCAAGUACAGUCGAUCAUGGCGCCAAUCGCUGCAGCCUCGAUCCAUGACUGGAACGGUCGAUCUGCUUCCAAGUCCAAAGGCCUAAUUGCUGUAUCUNUUGACCAGCGCAACCAUGGUACACGAGAGGUCAAUCCGUUGGCCAAUGAGAGCUGGAAGAAGGGCAACCCGACACAUGCUCAGGACAUGUUCUCUGUCUUCCACGGAACUGCUCAAGACACCUCAAUGUUGAUCGACUUCCUCUCCUCGUAUAUCUUCCCAGACUCUUCAAGAACCAUCACCAAACAUCUCGCUCUUGGUAUUUCGCUUGGUGGUCAUUCGACGUGGCAAUGCGUCUUGCAUGAUCCUCGCAUCACCACUGCUGUUGUGGUCAUCGGUUGUCCAGACUACAAAUUCCUCAUGACUGAUCGUGCGAAGAAGUCAAAACUCUCAACAUGGACAGCUUCAGAAGGCAACGACUUCCUCGGCUCAACAGACUAUCCCAAAGGCCUUUGCGACGCCACCGACAAGUGGGAUCCAAAGUCUUUCCUUGUAGGCGACAAGCUGCAACCGACAGAAGAGCAGAAGAAGACACUACGAUCUCUGAUCAAGGAAAAGCUGGGAGGCAAGCACAUAUUGUGUCUUUCUGGUGGAAAGGAUAAGCUCGUACCCUAUACCUGCAGUGCGCCUUUCCUAGAUUGGCUAAAGAGCGGACUUGACAAGAAGGAAGGUUGGUUCAACGACCAAGGGAUUGUGCUUGAAGAUAUUGUCGACGAGACUGCUGGUCAUGAGUACAGUGCAAAGAUGAAGGUCGAAGCAGUUCGCUUCAUUUCUGAAAACCUCGCUGGCGAGGGCAGCUUGAAGACAGGCACAAGAACCUCCAAGAUA